UUCCCUGUGUAGUAGUUCAUUUUGUAAACAAGUUGCAGUGUCAAGUUCUCCGCUUCUGGUAUGCAUUCUUCCCGAUAUUUUAUAAAUAAAUUUCCAGAUUUUUCUUGUACACUUGGAGACAUAAGCUAUGUACGUGGCUUAAUCCCGCAAGUACUAAGUCAUAUUGAGAAACACUGUCCUCCUCAAUGUCGACACAACAAAGAUGGCGGGCUGUACGUCGGACCAGCUGGGAUCGCAUAUGCAUUCUAUCAUGUGGCUGAAAGUGGCUUGUUUCCAGAGCAAAGACAGCAUCUGCUAACAAAGGCGUUAGAGUAUCUAAAGACAGCACAAGAACACGCUUCCAGGAUUUCACCUCAAAGUAAUUGUGGUAUUGGUGCUUCAUUUCUUCUUGGUCAUUCUGGAAUAUACACCUUGUCAGUGCUUGUUUAUCAUGCUUUAGGUCUUGAGAAAGAAAGAAAUGACUAUUAUAGGAUGUUUCUGGAAAUGCACCAUAUCUGCAAGGCAGUCAAUUUCUUCCCAUAUGGCUCAGAUGAGCUUCUGAUUGGUCGAGCUGGCUAUUUGAGUGGUGUUUUAGAGUUAAAUAAGAAACUUAAGCCCCAUGCUGUUCCACAGGAAGUAACACAGGCUUUAUUUCGCAGUAUGGUUUCUUGUGGUAAAGAAUAUGCACAGCGUCAUCACCAUGGCAAUCAGUCUUUAAUGUAUGCAUACUAUGAUACAGAGUACCUAGGAGCAGCKCAYGGGCUGUCGGCCAUUUUACAGAUGCUUCUAAGCUUCCCUGAACACUAUAAAAACACCUCAGAUGAAGACAUCAUUUCUAAGUCAGUCAACUUCAUGCUUGACCAGGAACAACAUGGUAACUACCCUCCAGCAUUAGGUGAAGCUUGUGGUGGCAGGAAUGAACUAGUACACUGGUGUCAUGGAGCUCCUGGUGUUGUGUACUUGAUGGUCAAGGCCUACUUGGUCUGGAAGGAUGACAAAUAUCUUAAAGCUGCUCUAAGGUGUGGGGAUGUGGUAUGGGAAAAAGGACUUCUAAAAAAGGGACCUGGAAUCUGCCAUGGUGUUGCAGGAAAUGGCUAUGUAUUCCUGCUGCUUCACAGACUGACAGGAGACAAGAAGCAUUUACAUCGUGCUUACAAGUUUGCAGACUUYAUUCAAACUGAGGAGUUUCAGAAAGGAGCGCGUACACCAGACUGUCCAUACAGUUUAUAUGAAGGACUUGCUGGUACAGUAUGCUUUUAUACUGACCUUCUCUGCCCUGACAAAGCUGCUUUUCCCYUUUUUGAYGUCUUCUCUUAACAGUUUUAUUGCAAAGAAAUGACAUUAUACAGCCUCAUUUCAACAUAUUUUAUUAUUGCAAAUGCAUAUUUCAAAAUACAAUUGAGAUGUGUUACACAAAAUUUGUCAGUAUUCAAUACUGUUYGAUCUGUUUAUUACAAAGGGUUUGUAUAAAUCCUUUAAUUGUAUGGCCAUGCAAACUGUACAAUAGGGUUAUUUCCUCUCUCUAUAAAAAUAUAUUAUAAAGAUGUAUUUCAACUAGAAAACCUUCAAAAGGGCAUCUUCAAAAGAAGCCAUUAAUAUCACAGUCAUAAUACUGCCGUUUUGACUAAGGUUAAGUUAAAUAAGAUUAGCUAUUUGUUUGAAAUUUACUGUACCUACCUAAUUUUGUAUGUCUUUA